UAACCUACCUGCUCCUUCCCAUUUUCAUACAACUGCGGAUUUUGUUAUUUUUCUAUCUUCUCGGAUGGUGCAUGGCUUUCUAAUAACAAUUGUGGUGGCAGGGGAGUCUUCAUUCAUGAUGAAAAUAGGAGGUUUGUUGCUGCUAAAUGUAGACCAAGUAGGAGUCUCUCUGCAUCUUCAAUGCAGGCGGAAGCUCUUAGAGAUGGAGUCCUCCUUGCUAUGAGCCUUGAUUUGCGGAAAAUUCAGUGAUGUUCUGACUCUCUUGAGUUAAUCACUUGCUUAAAUGGCGCUGCUACAGCUCUGAAUUGGAAGCUCAUGUUUUGACUAGAGGGGCUUCCAUAAUUCAUUUGUCUAAAAUGUGAUGGGGGUGGGGUUUGUAUGUAAAGAGAGAGGACAAGGAAGGAGGGUCGAAGGAAGGUCGAAGGAAGCAGGGGCGAAAUUUCGCUUCCAUUCAUCCGACGGCUGUGACAGCCCCCACUUGGUUAUCUCCAGAUGCUUCGUUGCUACUGUUAAGGUGGCUUUCGUUCACGCACCAGUCCCCCCCUUCCCUUUAAGAGUGAGCGAGGUUCUUCCUUUUCGAUUUCAGUGCUAUCCGGAUUUAGGAAUAGCCUAUUCCCCUCUCUCUUUCUUCUUCCGUGACUCUCUUUUGCUUUACUAGGGUUUCAACUUCACUCAGAGAUUCUUCCAUUCAUCAAAGGAGAGAGAAUAUGCUUUGGUUCUUCUAUUGAUUCGCGUAUGAUCAAAGUUGCUUGAUUAGAGCUAUUCUCUUGAUGCAUCUUGACGGGUUUAGAAUAACGCCUAUAACACAUAAUAUUCAAAUCCUUUUUAGUUAAUUUCGAAAUCAUCUAUCUCUUAGGAUUCGGAAUUGGAAAAUCGGUGGUAGAAUUCAUCCAGAGUAGAUGAUUAUGGAUCCGUGUCUUGCUGAGCUUUCUACUCCUGGGAACGGAUUCAGAGUCGAUGAUCAGUCUGGUUUCUAUCAAGACAUCGGCAACGGGCUCAAACUUGAGCAGCCCUUUGUUGACCGCAAUUUCAUGGAUCUUCCUCUGCUACCUCCCAACGCAGACACUUUUUCUGUUCCCGCUGUUCCACCUCCAGGCGUUAUCCACGAGGAUGACUGCCCUGAAGACUGCGAUUUCUCCGACGUGGUUCUCAAGUAUAUAAACCAGAUCCUUAUGGAAGAAGACAUGGAAGAGAAGACUUGCAUGUUCCAAGAGUCCUCUGCCCUUCAAGCCGCCGAGAAAUCCUUAUAUGAGGUUCUCGGUCAGAAGUAUCCCCCUUCGCCUGACCGACACCCUCUCUGUUACGAUCACGACGCCGAAAGCCUCGAUGAUUUUUUCACCAGCAGCUCAAGUAAUUCUAACAGCAGUGUUAUUUCUGGUAGCAGCAACACACUGGAUUCGACUUUGAUUACCGAUCUGGGCGAGUACAAGCCCACCAGGACGAAUUUUACCACUGCUGACUAUACCCCUCGGUCCACUUCCUAUUCUCCCCCCUUGGGUUUUUCCAACGGUGUCACCAGCGUUGUAGAUGGAUUCGUGGAGACACCUACGAGUAGAAUUCAGUUUCCUGAUAUGUUUAGCGAUAUCGAAUCUGUUACGCAGUUCAGGAAAGGAGUAGAGGAAGCAAGUAAGUUCCUUCCAAAUGGUAACGACUUGUUCCUAAAUCUAGAGAAGCGUGGCAUGUUACCUCGGAGUCGGAGCGAACCCAAGGAAGAGUUGCUCCGGAGCCAAUCAAAGGAAGAGCUACCCCGGAGCAUAUCAAAGGAAGAGCAUCGGCUUCCCGUCAAGGAGGAGACGAAGGAUGAGAGAGAAUAUUCACCCACCGGGGUGUCCAAGGGAAGGAAGCAUCUUCAUGGGGAAGAACCAGAUUUAGAAGCUGGGAGGAGUAAUAAGCAGUCGGCGGUUUACACGGAGACGACCGAAAGGACGGCGAUGUUUGAUAUGGUGUUGCUCUGUCAUCCUGGAGGGAAAGGUGAGACCCCUCUGUGUGAUCUCCGUGAAGCCUUGCAGAACGGAGUAAGCAAGAAUGGGCAGCAGUCAAAUGGACCUAGCGGUGGCAGCAAGACUCGUGGUAAGAAACAGGGGGGUAAGAAGGAAGUAGUGGACUUGAGGACCCUCUUGAUCCAUUGCGCUCAGUCCGUCGCAGCUGAUGACCGUAGGAGUGUUAAUGAACUAUUGAAGCAGAUCAGGCAGCACUCCACUCCUUACGGGGAUGGGAAUCAGAGAUUGGCCCAUUAUUUUGCAGAAGGCAUAGAGGCUCGCUUGGCCGGCACGGGUAGGCAGCUUUACAUGGGUGUCUCCAGCCUGAGAACAUCGGCAGCUGAUAUCCUCAAGGCUUACCAUCUGUUUCUUGCUAUGUGCCCAUUCAAGAAGAUUUCUAAUUUCUUUUCCAACAAGACCAUUUUGAUGGCGGCAGAGAAAGCAACGAGGCUCCACAUUGUAGAUUUUGGCAUCCUCUAUGGUUUUCAGUGGCCCUCUCUCAUAGAAAUUCUUUCAAAGAGAGAAGGUGGACCUCCAAAGCUUCGGAUAACUGGGAUUGAUCUUCCCCAGCCUGGUUUCAGGCCGUCGUCUAGAGUUGAGGAGACUGGGAAGCGAUUGGCCAAUUAUGCUCAGACUUUCAAUGUUCCAUUCGAGUAUAAUGCCAUUGCACAGAAAUGGGAAACAAUUCAGCUCGAGAAUAUCAAGAUUGAGAGUGAUGAGGUGCUAGUCGUGAACUGUUUGUACAGGUUAAGAAACAUCCUCGAUGAGACUGUCGUGGUGGAAAGUCCAAGGAAUGCAGUUCUGAACCUGGUAAGGAGGAUGAACCCGGCUGUUUUCGUGCAUGGGGUUCUCAAUGGAGCUUACAGUGCCCCUUUCUUUGUUACAAGAUUUCGAGAGGCACUCUUCCACUUCUCUUCCCUGUUUGAUAUGCUUGAAACGAAUGUGCCGCGUGAUCUUGAAGAGAGGAUGCUGAUUGAGAGAGAUCUUUUUGCUCGAGAGGCGAUAAAUGUCAUAUCCUGUGAGGGGUCAGAGAGGCUAGAGAGGCCUGAGACGUACAAGCAGUGGCAGGUCCGGAAUCUGAGAGCUGGACUUAAGCAGCUUCCAUUGAAUGCAGAGAUAAUGAAGAAGGCGAGGGACAGGGUGAAAUCUUUUUACCACAAAGAUUUUGUGGUUGACCAAGACGGCAAUUGGAUUCUGCAGGGUUGGAAGGGACGAAUUAUUUAUGCACUUUCCACUUGGAAACCUGCCUACGAUUCCUGAAAUUCUUGUUUUACUUUUCUCUGUUCCGGAAAAGGUGCAGGACCAUGAUAGGAGACUGGACUAAUGAAAUUCUUCAACGGGCUUAGUUCCUUACAAGUCCUGAGAACUCAGAGAAGGCCUGAAGAGGGUAUAUGUUUGCUUCUGGGUUUGAAUUUUAAUGUAUUUUACGCUUUUAAUUAUCUUUCUUUAGUCUUGAUGAUCUGUUGUCCAAUAUGUUCAGGCAUAUGAGCUUUCGCUCGAUUUAGUUAUAUGAUUUUUCAGGUAAAAA